AUGCCUUUGCUCAGACUCAGCUCAAGUAACAUUCCCAGUUUCUCCAGGAGGAAACCCGGUGGUUUGGCCCUCCAGCAAACUGUUCAUGUGUUAACACAGCUGAGCCAAACCAUUGUGCCAGGUCAUUGUCUUAGAAGAGAAUGCAAAAAGGUGUGUUGCAGCUGCUGUGCCCUUGGCAUACGCGUUCGCAAUGAAGGCCGUGGUUGUGAUGUCCACCAGUACCUUGGUUACCCAUGUGGACAUGUCUUCCUCACAUGCUGCGAGGAAGAGGAAGGUCCAAGCCAGACCCCACUGAGGAGAAAGCUGAAGCCCAGACCUACUGCUAUACCCAGAAAAGUCUCAGACAGCAAGUUCCCCAAGGAGGCCUUUUCCAUCAGUGCCACAGAUGAAGCUGCCAACGCAGUGGAGGAACAGGAGGAUGUGGAUGAGUGUCAGCUCUACCAGGGCCAGCUGUGCCAGCACACAUGCACCAACAUCUGGGGCUCCUACCGCUGUGGCUGCCACCCGGGCUACAUCCUGCAGCCGGAUGGACACCUCUGUGCCCCAGUGAGUCCUGACGAGGACAACAGAGUGAGAGAGGAGGACAGCCCUGCCCUGAUCCCGACACAAACCACUACCACCACCACUACAACCAGAACGACCACCAUGAGACCCAUCCACAUCAAUCCCUGUGCAGAAAACGGUCAUUGCAGUCAGCAGUGUACAGCGGUGGCAGGUCGGGCUCACUGCUCCUGCUUCCCAGGGUUCCGGCUGAUGACAGAUGGACGCACCUGUGAAGACGUGGACGAGUGCGUGACCAACACCCACAGUUGUCGACCCAACGAGAACUGCGUGAACACGGUGGGCUCAUUUGUAUGCGAGCUGCAGGUCACUUGUCCUGCAGGCUACCAGCUGAGGAACAGUGUUUGUGAGGACAUUGAUGAAUGUGUUCUGCAAACCCAUAACUGUGCUACAGGCCUUGUGUGUGAGAAUACAUUGGGCUCUUUCCUGUGCAGUCCCAAACAAAAGUGCAUGACCGGGUUCACGCAGGAUUCCCAUGGCAACUGUAUAGACAUAAAUGAGUGCAGCAGCCUGACUAAGCCGUGUAGCUCAGGUUUUAACUGUAUCAACACAGUGGGUUCCUACACCUGCCAGCAGAAGGUCAUCAAGUGCAACCAGGGCCACCAAGCCAGUCCUGAUGGAACCAAAUGUGUCGAUAUUGAUGAGUGUCAGAUGGGGACACACCGCUGUGGAGGGGGCAAAAUCUGUCACAACCUCGUUGGCAGCUACCGUUGUGACUGUCAGACGGGAUACCAGUAUGACGCCCUGCGUAAAGUCUGCACCGAUGUAAAUGAGUGCUGGCGUUAUCCUGGCAGACUGUGUGCCCAGACCUGUGAAAACACCCCCGGCUCCUACCACUGCUCAUGCACAGCCGGCUUCUCCCUCACAUUCGAUGGCAAGAACUGUGAAGAUGUGAAUGAAUGUGACAAAAACCCCUGUAGCCAGGAGUGCGCCAACAUCUACGGCUCGUAUCAGUGCUACUGUCGGCAAGGCUACUUCUUGAAAGAGGACGGACACACUUGUGAAGAUAUUGAUGAGUGCUCCCAGAGCAUUGGGAACCUUUGUACCUUCCAGUGUGUGAAUGUGGCUGGCAGCUACCAGUGUGCCUGUCCUCCCCAUGGAUACGUCAUGUCCGCCAACGGACGCACCUGCAGAGAUAUUGAUGAGUGCACAGCUGGCACCCACAACUGCUCAUACGGACAGAACUGCUUUAAUCUGCAGGGAGGCUUUAAAUGCCUCUCCUUUGACUGCCCUCCCAACUACAAGAAGGCAUCAGACACACGCUGUGAGCGGAUGAGCUGUCCCAGCAACUCUUUAGAAUGUCAGAACUCCCCCGUCCGCAUCACGUAUUACCAGCUCAGCUUCCAGACCAACAUCAUCAUUCCCGCGCAGAUUUUCCGAAUAGGACCUUCCCCCGCCUACUCGGGUGACCACAUAGUCAUCAGCAUCACUAAGGGCAACGAGGAGGGCUACUUCAGCACCCGCAAGCUGAACAGCUUCACGGGCACUGUCUUCCUGCAGAGACAAGUCCGAGAACCCAAAGACUUCCUGAUAGACGUGGAGAUGAAGCUGCUAAGACAAGGGACAUUCACCUCGUUCCUCGCCAGGAUCUACGUCUUCAUCACAUCCACAUCCAGCACUAUGUAAAAGCAGAGCAAAGUGGAGAGAAAGACUGAUCGUUUCAUAUGGUGCUAAACUUUCAUAUGUGCAGACUUCAACAAUCCCCUCCAACAAUCAAGCAUUAAUCAAGGAUAUUGUAAAAUGUUGCCAAAGAACUCGUUUGCUUUUCUGUCUGAUUGGCAGGUUGGUGAUUCAAUCAAGCUGCCAGACAUUUUGCAGACUGUUAUGACAUCAUCAUCAUAUUUUCUGACAAACCUUGUAUUUGUAUUCACCAAAGUAUCUUUCAGCUUGACUCUUGCUAACAUAACUUUUAUGCUCCACCAUUGUUAGGAUUGACUCAGGCAGUUUGUUGUUAUGGAUGGCAGCAAGGUAUU